GAAGGGCAGAGUACUCUUAUCAUAGAGCAACUCGUGGCAUAGAUAACAAAUAACAUAGAAAAAAAUGCAAAAGCUUUUGCUACUAUUUUUCCUUCUCAUUUUUCUCUGUUUCUGUUCCCAAACACAAAGCUCAAGUGUCCUCCAUGAUGAUUCCCAAGGGAGCAAAUCACACAUUGUGCUUGUCCAUGGCGCCUGCCUCGGCGCCUGGUCUUGGUACAAAGUCACAACCUUGUUGCAAACGGCUGGUCACAAUGUCACUGCACUCGACAUGGCUGCCUCGGGGAUCAACCCGACACAAGCCGAGUCAUUGACAUCGCUUACCGAGUACUACCAGCCAUUGUUGAGCUUCAUGGAAGCCCUGGCACCUGACGAGAAGAUCGUUCUCGUCGGACACAGCCUAGGCGGCCUCGGGAUCUCGAUGGCCAUGGAGAGAUUCCCUGAGAAAAUCUCUGUUGCCAUUUUUGUGAGUGCAGCCAUGCCUGGUCCAAUCUUGGGCCUUUCUUCCAUAGAGGAACAGAAGAAAAUACUUGAAAUGUACAGUGCCUUCUACACAGAGGAGAAAUCCAAAGCUUCUAAUCCAGAUCUUUUCCUAUUUUCCCAAGAAGAUUUAGAAACAAAGCUUUUCCCAUUAUCUCCACCUGAGGAUUUGACAUUGGCAACAACAUUGGUGAGGCCUCAAGCAAUGUUUGGUUUGUUGGAGUCAAUGAAGGAGCUACAACUAAGCCAAGAGAAAUAUGGGUCAGUGAAAAGGGCUUUCAUUAUAUCAGAGAAGGACCAAAUGACCACAAAGAUCAUGGUGUGGGCAAUGCUUAUCUUCAAUAAGCCUGAUCGUGUGGCUGAGGUUAAAGGAUCAGAUCAUAUGGUCAUGACUUCAAAACCUCUUGAACUUACUCAACAACUCUCCACCAUAGCUCAAGACUUUUCUUCUUCUUCCACUUAUAUUAAUAUGUAAUAUGUAAUUGUAGUCUAUGAGAUCUCUUUUAUCUCAACUAAUUAAUAUUAGCAAAUAAAGUAAAAAGCAUUAUGUUUUACAUCCCAUAAUAAUAAUUCACACUAUUAUCAAGAGAAGAAAAAAAAUUAAUAUUAGAAAGACAUGAGAAUGAGAAAGUGAAAAUUGAGAUUGAGAGUUAACAAA